AUGGCUUCUAUUCAUUUUGGUGAAAAUGGGGAUUGCUCUAAAUCUCUUCUACCUGACCGUGAUGACUUUGGAGAGGCAGAGAUUCCAUCAGAUAUCCAUAAAGCAGCCGUUGCAUUUGGUGAACCUGAGAUUUCACCCCGGACUGGAGACGAAUAUCAAGCCAUAGUUCCAUCACUCGUUCAAUCACACUCAACAAAAUGCACAAAAUCAGAAAACGAGCCUAUUUCCUACCAAAAAAAAUUCAUCGGGCUUCCCAUAAUUGUGAUGUGGAUCAGUACUUUCAAAUCUCACGAGUCGGGACCGCAAGGCCGCUCAAAAUCUGGUCCAAAUAUCCACAAUAAAGUUAUUAAGGCAGACUCUCCAGAGGAACUGAACGAUUUACCAACUGCAGAGAAAAUAAGAAAGUGUGGUGGCCAAGGUUAUCUUUUGGUCCCUGGAUUAGCCGAAGCGUGUUGGAAUGCAUUGGAGAAGGAAAGCUUCCUUUUGGGAUUAUACAUUUUCGAGAAAAAUUUCGUUAAUGUUAGACGCUUUGUUGAGACAAAAGAGAUGGGUGAUGUACUUUCUUUCUACUAUGGGAAAUUUUACGGUUCACAUGAGUACCAAAGAUGGUCAGAUUGCCGAAAGGCGAAGGGCAAGAAGGGGAUUUACGGCGAGAGGAUAUUUUCUGGGAUGAGACAGCAGGAACUACUUAAUAGAAUCCUUCCCGGCAUUCCAGAAGAAUCUCGAAAUGCUGUAUUGGAGAUGUCUAAAACAUUUGAGGAGGAAAAAAUUUCACUGGAGGAAUACGUGUUCUAUCUUAAGAUCACGGUCGGAGCUAAGAUUCUGGUGGAUGCUAUCGGCAUAGGCAAAGGAAAACUGGACCUGACCGAAGUACCUCUAGAACCUUCCAGACCUUCAUUUCCAGCCGGUCGAGCAUUCUCCUCACUUACAACAAACGAGGUCAUCAAGAUCCUGACAGGAGAUUAUCGACUAAGCAAGGCAAAAUCGAACGACAUAUUCUGGGAGGCUGUUUGGCCCCGAUUGCUCGGACGAGGCUGGCAGACAGUGGUGCCUAGGAGACAAACGGGCUUUACCCGGCCCUAUUUGGUUUACCUUGGGCCCGGAAUAAAAAAGUUUUCCCGAAGGAAGCUGGUGAAGGGGGAGCACUAUUUCGACUCUCCCUUGGAUAUACUGGCUCUAGUCUCCAAGCAGCCGGAUUUAAUCGUGCUCGACUCGGAAAGAGCAGGCCCUAGCAUUAGCAACAAGAAUGAAGAUGUCAAAAUAGAAGCUCCUGCCGAAAAAACGUCGGAGAAGAAGUCCGAAAAGCACUGUUAUUUACAGCCGAGGACUCCAAAAAGAGAAAAUGGCAUCAUGAAAUUCAUGGUGAUUGAUACGAGCCUCUUGGAUGGCAACAUUAGGGAAUUGAGACCUUUUCCUCCCGAAAUUUUGGAUUCAUUUGUCGAACGAGAUGUUAACGAGGAUGAAGUAGGCAGAAGUAAUGACAUGGACACAGCUGAGGCUAAACCUGACAAGAAAGGCAAGAAGGUCUCGCGGGUAGAAAAUCGGAGUAAAAAGAUGCCGAGAUCUCAAAAGGCAAAACAGGCUGGUUCGGGCCACGAGGGCCCAAUUGUGAAACGGUGCCGGACAUUGGCAACUAGCUGUGGUCGGGUAGAAAGGAAGAUUUCUUCCUUGAGUGUUGGUAAAACUGUAGAUGUAGGGGGUUCAUCUUCUCCGGCUGCCAGCUCUUCUGUGGAUGCUGGGAAAGCUCGGCCUAAGUUUGAUCUUAAUUUACCACAGGAAGCCCAGGAGACGGAGAAUGCUGAGUUGGAAGUAACACAAUACAGGGCUCGAGAUGUUCCCAGCUACGCAUCAGUACCGACGGAGAAUACUUAUCCAGAUGGGCCUGAAAACGGCAUCUUGCCGGAUCCAGCCAAUGUGGGCCAGGAAAUUCAGAAUGGCGGGCCGAGCGUGAGGCAAGAUGGGGCCCCGCCAAAUGGGCCAGGAAAAGGUGCUGUGCUGGUUCAUGCCAAUGAGGUCCAGGUGGAGCAACCGUUGAACUCAAAUCCUUUGAGGCUGAGCAAGAGGACUCGGGCCCUUACAAAAAGGGUGAUCGAGGCCGUGGAGGGUGGAUAUCUGAUGGGCGACCCCCGGAAACGGAGAGCAAGAGCCUCUGGUUUAAAGGAAAACCAUCAGGCAGUUGGGCCCGUUCAUCCGGCCCGUCAAUUCAUGGUUGAUGAAGGUGAAAACUAA